CGGGCGGCGCGAGGCGGGCGGGCGGAGGCGGCCGGUCCCGGGACACCGACGCAGCGCGCUGGCGGCCGCCGCAGGGCUGGCCAGGCUCCGCAGCCUGUCGCAGUCGCCGCCUCGCCGCUGAGGUCCCGAGAGCGCGGCGGCGGGCGCGCGGCCUGUGAGGGCGGCCGGAGCGGCGGGCGCGGUGCGGCGCCGAGCGUCCUGUCAGGCGACCGAGGGCGCCGCGGACCCGCGCCGCGAUGAUGCCGAUGAUAUUAACCGUGUUUUUGAGCAACAAUGAACAGAUUUUAACAGAAGUUCCUAUAACACCAGAAACAACAUGUCGAGAUGUUGUAGAAUUUUGCAAGGAACCUGGAGAAGGCAGUUGCCAUUUAGCUGAAGUGUGGAGGGGAAAUGAGCGUCCCAUACCCUUUGAUCAUAUGAUGUAUGAACAUCUUCAGAAGUGGGGGCCACGAAGAGAAGAAGUGAAAUUUUUCCUUCGACAUGAGGAUUCCCCCACUGAGAGCAGUGAACAAGGUGGCCAUCAGACCCAAGAGCACAGAACUCAGAGAAAUAUAAUAAAUGUACCUGGAGAGAAGCGCACUGAAAAUGGGGUUGGGAAUCCACGUGUUGAACUUACCCUCUCGGAGCUCCAAGAUAUGGCAGCUAGGCAACAGCAGCAAAUUGAAAACCAGCAGCAAAUGCUGGUUGCCAAGGAACAACGUUUACACUUUCUAAAGCAACAGGAGCGCCGUCAGCAGCAGUCUAUUUCUGAAAAUGAAAAGCUUCAAAAGUUGAAAGAACGAGUUGAAGCCCAGGAAAACAAGCUGAAGAAAAUCCGUGCUAUGAGAGGACAAGUAGACUACAGCAAAAUUAUGAACGGCAAUCUGUCUGCUGAAAUAGAAAGGUUCAGUGCCAUGUUCCAGGAAAAGAAGCAGGAAGUACAGACUGCAAUUUUAAGAGUUGAUCAGCUCAGUCAGCAAUUAGAAGAUUUAAAGAAAGGAAAACUGAACGGGUUCCAGUCUUACAAUGGCAAGCUGACAGGACCGGCAGCAGUGGAGCUAAAAAGACUGUACCAAGAGCUACAGAUUCGUAACCAGCUUAACCAGGAACAGAAUUCAAAACUCCAGCAGCAGAAGGAACUCUUAAAUAAGCGCAACAUGGAGGUGGCCAUGAUGGACAAGCGAAUCAGUGAACUGCGUGAACGUCUUUAUGGGAAAAAAAUUCAGCUGAGCCGUGUGAACGGCACGUCAUCACCGCAGUCGCCCCUGAGCACCCCGGGCAGGGUUGCAGCAGUGGGGCCUUACAUCCAGGUGCCAGGAGGCAGCUCUUCUGUCCCGGGGGACCCCAUCAAGCCCCAGGUGCUUGCGAUCGCCUCGAGCACUGCCCAUGGAAGAUCCAAAUCUGCCAAUGAUGGAAACUGGCCAACGUUAAAACAAAAUUCUAGCUCUUCAGCGAAACCAGUGCAGGUUGCCAGUGUGGACUGGAAGGACUCAAGUGUGGAAGGUCCCAUCAAGCCAGGGACCGUCUCAAGCCAGCCUGUGCCCUUGUCUGCUUUAGGCGCCACGGAGAAGCCGGGCAUUGAGAUGGGUAAAGUGCCACCCCCCAUCCCUGGUGUUGGCAAGCAGCUGCCUCCAAGCUAUGGGACACACACAAGUACUGCACCCGUGGGCCUGGGGCCAACAGACUCCCUGGAGAGGAGGAAGGAGGGCAGCUUGCCCAGGCCUGGUGCAGGCCUGCCUACUCGGCCAAAGCCCGCCCCGCUGCCCACUGUGGGUAGCACGCACCAGCCAGGUUCCUCGCAGCAGAUUCAGCAAAGGAUUUCUGUGCCACCAAGUCCCACAUACCCACCAGUGGGGCCGCCUGCAUUUCCAGCUGGAGACAGCAAACCUGAACUUCCACUGACUGUGGCUAUUAGGCCCUUUCUGGCUGAUAAAGGAUCAAGGCCACAGUCCCCCAGGAAAGGACCCCAGACAGUGAAUUCAAGUUCCAUAUAUUCCAUGUACCUCCAGCAAGCCACACCACCUAAGAAUUACCAGCCAGCGGUGCACAGCGCCUUAAAUAAGUCGGUAAAAGCAGUAUACGGGAAACCUGUGUUACCAUCUGGGUCAACGUCCCCGUCACCCUUACCGUUUCUUCAUGGGUCGCUGGCCACAAGUGUUUCACAGUCCCAGCCACCUUCAGAAAGUGCAGAGAAAGAGCCAGAGCAGGACAGCCAUGCCCCUCCCGGAGAUGGUGGCACUGGCCACGUGGAAAGCCUGCCACGGCCACUCAGCCCCACCAAGCUCACGCCCAUCGUACACUCACCGUUGCGCUACCAGAGUGACGCCGACCUGGAAGCCCUGCGCAGGAAGCUGGCCAACGCGCCCCGGCCCCUGAAGAAGCGCAGCUCCAUCACAGAGCCUGAGGGUCCCGGUGGGCCCAACAUCCAGAAGCUGCUGUACCAGCGCUUCAAUACCCUGGCUGGGGGCAUAGAGGGCACCCCCUUCUACCAGCCCAGCCCCUCACAGGACUUCAUGGGCACACUUGCCGAUGUUGACAAUGGCAAUACCAAUGCCAACGGGAACCUGGGAGAGGCCAGCCCCGCCCAGCCCACGGCCCUGCUCCCCGCUGAGCCCACUCCGUCCUCAGAUGCCAACGACAAUGAGCUCCCUUCCCCGGAACCACAGGGGCUCAUCUGUCCCCAGAGCGCGCGCCAGACGGCCGAACCUGCUGAGGACACGAACAACAACGUGGCCCCGGCCCAGACCACAGAGCAGGUCCCCAGCCCUGGGGCCGAGGCUCCCUCCCCGGGGGAGGAGCAGGUCCCCCCGCCCACUCCUGCUGUGCCCCCUCCGGCAGCCUCCACGAGCAAACGGACCAACCUGAAGAAGCCUAACUCGGAGCGGACCGGGCACGGGCUGAGAGUCCGCUUCAACCCCCUGGCGCUGCUCCUAGAUGCUUCACUGGAAGGAGAGUUUGACCUGGUGCAAAGGAUCAUCUAUGAGGUGGAAGACCCCAGCAAGCCCAACGAUGAAGGGAUCACCCCGCUGCACAAUGCCGUCUGCGCUGGCCACCACCACAUUGUGAAGUUCCUGCUGGACUUUGGGGUCAACGUGAAUGCCGCUGACAGCGAUGGCUGGACGCCGCUGCACUGCGCCGCCUCCUGCAACAGUGUUCACCUCUGCAAACAGCUGGUGGAGAGCGGCGCCGCCAUUUUUGCCUCGACCAUCAGCGACAUUGAAACUGCUGCAGACAAGUGUGAAGAGAUGGAGGAAGGCUACAUCCAGUGUUCCCAGUUUUUAUAUGGGGUGCAGGAGAAGCUGGGCGUGAUGAACCGAGGAGUCGUGUACGCCCUAUGGGGCUACGAGGCCCAGAACAGUGACGAGCUGUCCUUCCACGAAGGGGACGCCAUCACCGUCCUGAGACGCAAGGACGAGAGCGAGACUGAGUGGUGGUGGGCCCGCCUUGGGGACCGGGAGGGCUAUGUGCCCAAAAACCUGCUGGGGUUGUACCCACGGAUCAAACCCCGACAGCGAACGUUAGCCUGAGCUUCCACCUGGAGCACUGCUGUGAGGAGCUGCUGAAGAGAUGAUUCUGCUGUUUCCCCAGGAAAGCUGAAGCUAGAAUGGUUUCAUGGUGCUCACUUUAGCAGCCAGCAUCCACAAUGUGAAAUUCCUGCAGUUUUUAGGUGAGGCCCUUUCUCCAGUUUGCCCACACCUGGGAGACGUACUUUCACCUCCAAGAAGAUGGAAUUUUGCCAAUUACUGUAAAUCCAAAUAAAUACCCAGCUUUUUAAACAACU